CAAACACAUUUUGCGGCAGCGGUAGGUGAUUUACGGCUCUGUCGUAAACCGCGACGACAACAAGACGCAUGGGACGGAGCUGAACAACGUGUCGUUCAGCUAAACUCGUCUCUGCAGAUCAGGAUGGAAACCAAACCCCAGAAGCCUUUCGCCUCCAAAGGUGGAAGAAAGUUUCCGCACAAAGGAAAAGACUCCCCAGGAGCCAAAUUCGGAGGCAAACCUGGUGGGAAGAAGCCGUUUAAGCCGUACAAGAACACGGAGAAGAAGAGCAGACCAGGAAAAGACGGAGGAAGAAAGCUGGGCUUCUCUAAUGCCGGGAAAGGACCACAGGGGAAGAGGAAACUGCCCGCAGAGGGCAGAGGACCGCCGGCCAAGAGGGGGAAGGGAGGCGAGGAGACUCCGGCCGCGGCCGAAGAGCUGAAGAAGAACCGACUGCAGAAGAAGAAGGAGCUGAAGAACAGCCGACAGCAGCUGGAGAGGAAGGAGAUGUUUGAGAUCAUCCGCCAGUGCAAACGAGUGUGGGGGCACCUCCGGAGGAAGAAGCUGGACAACGAGGAGAGGAACAAACUGAUGAAGGAGCUCCAGGGUCUGAUCCGUGGGAAAGCCAAAGAGAUGGCGUUCGCUCACGACUCGGUUCGGGUUCUCCAGUGUUUCAUCCAGUUCGCUAACCAGAAGCAGAGGUGGGAGGUGUUUGAGGAGCUCAAAGACUCCAUGCUGGAUCUGUCCAGGUCGCCGUACGGCCGCCAUGUGGUCAAGAAGCUGCUGAUGUACGGGAACAAGGAGAUGGUGGCCGCCGUGAUCCAGGGCUUCAAAGGUCACGUCCGUAAGAUGCUCCGCCACGCCGCCGCCUCGGCCAUCAUCGAGUACGCCUACAACGACAAGGCCAUGCUGGCGCAGCGGCUGCUGAUCACCGACGAGCUUUACGGCACCACCUACGCCAUCUGCAAGUCGUCGGAGCGGAACACCAUCGAGAAGGUGCUGAAGGCGAACCCAGAGAAGCUGGAGAACAUCAUGGAGGAGACAAAGCGGGUCGUCGUGCCGCUGGCGCAGAAAGAGCAGGUCAUCAAGCACUCGGUGGUCCACAGAGUCUUCCUGGAUUUCUUCCUGUUUGCGCCCGACAAGCAGAGAUCGGAGAUGAUCGAGUCCAUCAGGGAGGCGGUGGUCUACAUGGCUCACACCCACGACGGCGCCCGAGUGGCCAUGCGCUGCCUGUGGCACGGCACGGCAAAGGACAGAAAAGUCAUCAUAAAAACCAUGAAGACCUACAUGGUGAAGUUCGCCACCGGGGAGUUUGGUCACAUGGUCCUUCUGGCCAUAUUCGACUGCGUGGACGACACCAGGCUGGUCAAGCAGACGGUUCUCUCGGAGAUCCUGUCCGCUCUGCCUGAGGUCAUCGGGAACAAACACGGUAAGAAGGUGCUGCUGUACCUGCUGAGCCCCAGAGACCCCGCCCACGUUCUGCCGGAGAUCGUCAAGGAGCUGGAGCAAGGAGACGGGAACGCUCACAGUAAAAAGGACAUGGCGACCCGCCGGCAGGAGCUGCUGGAGGCCGUCUCCCCCGCGCUGCUGGAGUAUCUGCGUACGAACGCCGGCACCAUGGCGAUGGACAAGGCCACCAGCGUCACCAUCAGCGACAUCCUGGCGUCCGCCUGCGGGGACAUCAGGCCCGCCAUGACCGCCGUGGCCCAGCUGGCCAAUCAGGAGCUGGUGCCGGGAGGAAUCAAAGGAGAGCUUCACAUGGCCGAGCACCCAGCGGGACACCUGGUGCUGAAAUGGCUCAUCGAGCAGGACGCCGCGCUGGCAGCGGCCGGCAGAGACGAGCGCUUCAGCAGGAUUCUGGUGGACACGGUGGGAACCGAGACCAUGAAGAGCUGGGUGAAGGUCAACAGAGGAGCCAUGGUGCUCUGCAGCCUUCUGGACAGCUGUGAGAGGUCUGUGGCUGAGGAGGUGAAGGAGGCGCUCACGGCCAUCUCCUCCGAGCUCCGCAGAAUCAAGAACAACAAAGGAGCCGAAAUCCUGCUGGAGAAGUUGAAGAAGUAGACCUCUUUUGGUUUUUACUUCAGACGGACUACAGGUGUUCAAACGUUGCUUCGUUUGGACCAAAUUAAAACGUCCCCCAGAGGACAGAAGAUCAAGGAUGAACCGGGAAGUGGACACAGUCUGGGACACCUUGGAGAUUUUAACCGUUAACUCUUUUCCUGCCUCACUGGUUUAAAGGGGGGUAGUGUUUAAAUAUGUGCAAUGGUUGUACACAAGAUCACAAAUCCACAUAUUAUCUUUUUUGUUUAAUAAUCUCCAUCCCAGUGGACUGAGCCAGAGACGGUUAUCCAAACCUUUUUAGGGUAACACACCAAUCAGCACACACCAGUUUGUGGACUGGUUCAGUCUUUUUCGUGGUAAAUGUUAACUGAAAAUAAAGAUUAUUGUGAUAUUCUUUG